AAAAAAUAAAAAACAGCACAUCAUAGUUUAUACUCACCUCUCGCAAAAUAAGAAAGAAGACGCUCAACAUUGAAGAAUAGGCACAGAAGCAGAGGGUAGUAGAGUAGUAGCUGAAUUCAAAGCCUCGCUAUGGCCCCUCCCAAAGUUCUAAUGGUUGCAGAGAAGCCUAGCAUCGCUGUCUCUAUUGCCUCUGUUCUCUCGCGCGGCAAGAUGUUUACAAGGAGGGUCAGCACUGAAGUACAUGAAUUUGAUGGGGUGUUUUUUGGAUCUCCUGCGCAGUUUAAAGUGACAUCAGUCAUUGGACAUGUUUUCAGUGUAGAUUUUCCUCCCAAAUAUCAAGAUUGGGCAGCCACAGAUCCAUUAGAUCUUUUUGAAGCUCAGAUUGUAAAGAAUGAAUCAAACCCAAAGGCUCACAUUUGUAGACACUUAAAUCAAGAAGCUCGUGGGUGCCGUUAUUUGGUAUUGUGGUUAGAUUGUGAUCGUGAAGGAGAAAACAUAUGUUUCGAGGUUAUACAAUCAACUGGUUUCAACAUAAAAGACACUUAUCGUGCACGGUUUUCAGCUGUUACUGAGAAAGAUGUUAUGAAAGCUCUAGACAACCUUUCUACGCCCAAUAGAGAUGAGGCAUUGGCUGUUGAUGCUAGGCAAGAGAUAGAUUUAAAGGUUGGGGUUGCUUUUACUCGAUAUCAGACGAGUUAUUUCCAGGGAAAAUAUGGGAACCUAGAUUCCAGGGUCAUCUCUUAUGGACCAUGUCAAACGCCUACCUUAGGCUUUUGUGUGCAGAGGUAUCUGCAAAUAAAUACUUUCAAGCCAGAAAAGUUUUGGAGUUUGCACCCGUACAUAAUUUUCCAAGGAUAUGAAAUUCAGUUAGAAUGGCAACGUGGCAGAUUAUUUGACAAAACUGUUGCUAUGAUGUUUCAGAAAUUGGUUGCAGAAGAUGGAUUUUUAGAAGUUACUGAAAUAUCAGAAAAGCAGGAAACUAAAGGUCGUCCUGUUGGUCUAAAUACUGUGAAUCUUCUGAAGGUUGCUUCAAGUGCUCUUGGAUUUGGUCCUCACAUGGCUAUGCAAAUAGCUGAGCGAUUGUAUACUCAAGGAUACAUCAGCUAUCCUCGCACAGAAAGCACAGCAUACCCUCCUUCAUUUGAUUUUCGUGGUACACUCUCUGCACAGGCAAAUAGUCCUACAUGGGGUAGUUAUGUACAAGGGCUACUCGCCAAUGGUUAUCACAAACCUCGAUCUGGAACAGAUGUCGGUGAUCAUCCUCCCAUUACUCCAAUGAAAUCAGUAACAGAAGAUACCCUGGGAAGUGAUGCUUGGAAGCUAUACCAAUACAUCUGCCAACACUUCAUAGGGACAGUCUCUCCAGACUGCAAGUAUUUAAGGAGAAAGGUUGAGUUUUCAAUUGGUGGAGAGUCCUUUCAUUGUACAGGACAUCAAGUCAUUGCCAAAGGAUUUACUGCAAUAAUGCCUUGGCUGGCCAUAAAUGAUAAAAAUAUUCCUUCAUUUACAAAAGGGCAGAAGAUAGAAGUGUCAAAACUUGAACUAUAUGAGGGGACUACCUCACCUCCAGAUUAUCUUACUGAAAGUGAGUUGAUCUCCCUGAUGGAGAAGCAUGGAAUAGGAACGGAUGCGUCUAUUCCUGUACAUAUUAACAACAUAUGUGAGAGGAACUAUGUGCAGGUACAAGCAAGUAGGAGGCUUGUCCCAACUACACUAGGUAUAACUUUAGUGAGGGGUUAUCAAUCAAUUGAUCCAGACCUCUGCCUUCCUGAUAUUCGUAGCUUCAUUGAGCAACAAAUAACUCUUAUUGCUAAGGGUCAGGCAGAUCAUCAUUGUGUAGUGCAGCAUGUUAUACAACAAUUCAAGCAGAAGUUCAGUUACUUCGUCAAGAAGAUUGAAGAUAUGGAUGCAUUAUUUGAAGCACAAUUUUCUGCCCUUACUGAUUCAGGACGCGCUAUGAGUAAAUGUGGUAAAUGCUUGCGGUAUAUGAAGUACAUUUCUGCUCAGCCAACACGUUUGUAUUGUGGUACAUGUGAGGAGGUUUAUUAUCUUCCACCGAUGGGCACAAUCAAGCUGUACAAGGAACUGUCUUGUCCACUAGAUAAUUUUGAGCUUCUGGUCUGCUCCAUGCCGGGUCCUGAGGGUAAAGCAUUCCCACUAUGCCCAUACUGCUAUAGUAAUCCUCCGUUCGAAGGGAUCGAAUCACUUAUUAAUACAGUGAAAAAUGGUCCUUCUGGCAAGAUUGGCAAGGGAGCUGGCAUGCCAUGCACCUUAUGCCCUCAUCCAACUUGCCCGAAUUCUCUGGUUUCCCAGGGUGUAUGUGCUUGUCCAGAGUGCAGUGGAACGCUUGUUUUGGACCCGUUAAGCGCUCCCAAGUGGCGACUUUGUUGCAACAAGUGCAACUGCCUUGUUUUUCUUGCACAAGGGGCUCACAGAAUCUCAACUACUAAAGAACGAUGCCCUGAGUGUGACUCUUCAGUCGUAGAAGUCGACUUCAACAAGAAGACAACUCCACUGGAAGACGGAUCCACCUUACACCGUGGUUGCAUUCUUUGUGAUGAGUUGCUUCAUUCCCUUGUAGAGAUGAAACAUGGGAGAGGCUUCAGACGUAUGGGUUCACGGGGUGGAAGAGGACGAGGGGGAGGAAGAAGAGGCGGUUAUAGGGGUAGAGGACGCGGAAAAAUGGUGGAUCCAAAAAUGAGUUUUCGAGAUUUCUAAGAGUGCUGCUCUUCAUGUCCAUGGCUAUAUAACUUAUGUAGGUUUUAAUUGCAAAUCCAAUUGUCUCAUACAGCUCAAGUUUUUUUUUUAAUGGAAAAAUUAACUUGUCGUGUAAGGUUCUGUGAGUUGUUCAUUUGCCAUGAAUUC